UAUAGCAUUUUUACAUUUCAGUCCGUCUUUGUAUGUCCUACGGAAAAGAUGAAAAUUCUUCACAUUUGCCUAAUAGUUCUGCUGGUGCAGCAGCAUCAGGAGCUGUCUAGAGCUAAGCGUCUGAUGGAUAUGGAUGCAACUGGAGCGUCUAUGGAAGAGCGCAUUGUGGGUGGCCAGACGGCAGAGGUCGGGUAUGCCAAGUAUCAGGUCUCCCUGCAGCCGGUGCUGGGCGCCCACAAUUGCGGCGGUGCCAUACUCAACGAGCGGUGGAUCAUUACGGCGGGCCACUGCGUCGUCAACUUUCCGCCCGAGUUUAUAGUUGUGGUCACGGGUACGAAUCGCUAUGCGGAGCCCGGCGGCGUCUACUACACGGAGGAGGUGCACGUGCACUGCAUGUACGACAAGCCCUACAUGCACAACGAUAUCGCUCUGGUGAAGGUUAGCGGGAAUAUAACCUUCAACGAGCUGACCCAGCCCAUUCCACUGCCCGUGGGGCCGCUGCGCGAAGGCGACGAGGUUGUGCUCACCGGCUGGGGGUCGAAGGUGCCGAAUGGCGAGUCCAAUCCGAAUCUGCAAAAGGUUUCCAUGAACUUUGUCAAGCUCGAGGAGUGCCUGGAAAUAUUCAAUCAGACGGACAAUAUGGGCGUGGGCCACAUGUGCACCUUCUCCAAGGAGGGCGAGGGUGGUUGCCACGGCGACUCGGGCGGGCCGCUCGUCUGCAAUGGCUACCUGGUGGGCGUGGUCAACUGGGGCAGACCCUGCGCCAAGGGCUUUCCGGAUGUGCAGGCCAAUGUCUACUACUACUUCGACUGGAUACGCAAUGUAAUCAGCGGCAAUGCCCGGUGCACUACAUAAGCUCGGCUUGAAAUA